AUGGCCGCCCUCGUCGUGUGGAGCGUCCUUGCUUGCGCCCACAUCGUCAAAAAGCAGCGCAAUAAACGCAUCUACAAGUACCAUAAUAGCCAUGUCGGCCCACGAGAAACCCGCCGCUUGACGCUGGCCCCAGGCUCCUUCUUCGAGGACCUCAAGGGCGACGUGCAAAUCAUCUCCAUCGAUGACCCUCAACGUGUGCCGUACGAGGCUGUCUCGUACGUGUGGGGCCCCACGUCCUCAAGACCGGACUUCAUCAAGCUCGGCUCCAGCAGCAGACGACUUUGGCUGCCGCCGAACCUCGCGCAGGCGCUUCGCUACCUCCGCAAGAAAGACGCAGCGCGCACUCUCUGGAUCGACUUCAUCUCCGUCAGACAAGACGAUCACGCUGAAAAGGCCGCCCAGGUCGCCCUCAUGACCGAGAUUUACAGAGCUGCCGAGCGUGUCGUCGUCUGGCUGGGCCAUGAGGCCAAUGAUAGCAACAUUGCCAUCGGUCUCCUCGACGAGCUGGCCUGGAUGGUCGAGUUCGACUUUGAGAACACCAGGAUGCGCCCCACUGGUGCUGGCGCCAUCGAGCCGACUUGGGCUGAUCCCACCGAGUAUCUUCCCUACGAGCAAGACGAACUGUGGGCCAUCUAUCAGCUUGUUCACCGCGCCUGGUUCGGCCGCGUCUGGAUUCGACAGGAAAUCGCCGCCGCCGAUCCUCAAACUGCCAUUGUUGUCUGCGGCAACAAGUCGAUCAGCUGGGAAAUGCUGCGCACUGCGCUCGCCGUCAUAGCCAACAAGCCACGCCACUUUUUGGAUUUGAACGACGAGAGCUCCCCCGAGCUGCGAUUCGCGCGUCGAUAUGAGAUGGUGUUACUUCUUUGUCAGCCUGAGAAAGACUACACCCUUCCUGAUCUGCUCGAUCAAGGCCGCAAGUUCAGCUGCUCUGACCCGCGAGAUCGAGUCUAUGCUGUCAUGAACCUGGCCUCUGACGUCGACAACAUGGGGUUGAUCCCAAACUAUGAUCUCACCACGAGCCAGGUCUACCAAGAUACGGUUCUUCGCUAUAUCCAGCAGUCAAAGAAUACCAAUAUUCUAGCGUCAUGCGAAAUCAUUGCAGCACGAAAGACAAUGCCAACGUGGGUCCCCGACUGGAGUCGCAAGAGAAUUGCGAACACAAUGCCUAUGCAUCUCGCAAGCAGCAUGUCGGAGGCGCAUGCCGGCCCUACAGGCAACGGCGUUUUGAAAGCUAGCGGUGCGUACUGUGCAACAGUGGCCGAGGUUACGGAGCUUUUUGGAGACUUCGUCCCCGUACUGCAGGUCAUCGCCACCGUUCGUCAGAUCGCCCCUGCCGACGUCCUCUCGGGCCCAUACAUGGACCGUGCCGGUGGGCUGCUAGAAGCAUAUUGCGCGACUUUGGCCUGGGGCUUGUUUGACAGCCUAUACAACCCGCCGAUGGAGUCAUAUCCGGAUCACGAUGUCAGCAUUGAGUCUCUCAAGCUAGUGCUCGAGCAACAGGAAGACUCGAAACGGACGAGUUCGUCUUACGAUUAUUCAACUCUUGUCUAUGUGACGCAGUUGAUCGCUACCUGCAAGGGUAGAUCCUUCUUCACUACCCAGGAAGGUUACAUUGGCCUCGGACCAAAGUACACAAAGCCAGGCGACAAAGUCUACGUUGUUCUAGGUUGUGACGUGCCCCUUAUUCUUCGGGAUCGCCACUCCGGCGGUGACAGGGCUAACCUCCCAGGCGAGCCCGAAUUUGAGGUUGUUGGCGACAGCUAUGUCCACGGGCUCAUGAGCGGCGAGGCUCUCCUAGGUCCUUUGCCAAAUGAGUGCCAGAUGGUCAUGGACAGCGACGAUCCUGAUGAGCCAACUCGGCCCAUGUUUAUCAUGGGGCUGGGUAACGGAGCCUUCAAGACGGCGCAUGAUCCUAGGCUUGAGAAGGUCAGAGCUGCAGCGACGUCAGCAGCGUGUGAGAAGACACAAGGGGGGUCUGUAGAAGAACUGCUUACGCCUGAGAAUCUGAGAGCGGCGGGUGCGAAUGUUGUGGACCUUCAUCUUGUCUGA